AUCACAUUAUUAAGUUUUGCCUUUUUCACCUUCCACCCAAACAUCCGCCAGUUGCAUGCGUCUCUGAGUCGAUUGAUACACAUUCCAUUCUGCCGUCGCCGAUAUUCCGACGUUAAAUCCCCGGCCGGUUUAUGAUGGGAGAUCUUGGCGUGGAGGAGGAGUUAUCAUGCGAAGAUGGCUUCAAACAGUAUGUUAUGGUGAAAAAGGAUAGGAAAAUCAUAUGCUCAACACAGUGUCUCAAUCCACCUGUCAAUAUGCCUUCUGUUUGGAAUAUAACAGACAUUGUCCGACAAGAAAAAUUGGACUUCCUCUCUGAGUUAUCCCGCUGCUUGUUACGUCGUUCUCCAGAAAAUUCUCAUCAGGAAAGGGAGUGGGAAGAAUUCCUUGGUUUCCUUCAGAAACACAAAAGGGUUGCUACUGGAAAACAUGAUGGCUUUCAAUUUUUCAUACUUCCUCCCAAAGGAGGCUCAGGAUUCAGAUGUACAUUUGCUUGUUACCGAGAGAGGAGAACACCAAGCGAAUGUCCUGUAAUUAAGGCCUCUGGAUCAACUUCUCAUGUGAUUGAGGAUGUUUGUUCUCCCUACAGGGAGGAGGCUGUUAUAGGUGCCCAAACUUGUGAUUUGUCAGCCAAAGCUAGUGGAAGACCUGAAAAACCAAAUCUACACAAUAUUUCCCUUGAGAGUAAUUUUGUGCAUGCAAAUCCUAGUUAUUUGAAAACUCUAGGUCACACCCAUUCUGGUUGGAGUUUUGGAGCAAUCGCGGAGUUUGUGGACAAUUCUAGAGACGCCAAAGCAACUAAGUUGGAAAUUUCUAUUGACAUGAUAUUUUCAAGAGCGGUUGGCAGAGAAAUUCCUAUGCUAUGCAUUAUAGACGAUGGGUAUGGAAUGAACCAUCAGCAGAUGCUUCAGAUGGUGUCAUUUGGACACAAGCAACCUGAUGCAGAUGACCCUAAUCGUAUUGGGAGAUUUGGAAUUGGUUUUAAGACUGGGGCAAUGAAACUUGGGAAAGAUGCAUUGGUUCUGACACAGACAACUAACUCUAGAUCAAUUGCUUUCCUUUCCCAGACACUCAAUGAAGGAAAAGAUAAUCUGGAGAUACCCGUUGUAAGCUACUACAGAUAUGGGCAAUUUAUGGAGCUGGAUAAGCAAAAUGAGACUUUGUUCAAACACAACUUGAAAGCUAUUAAGGAAUUUUCACCGUUCGAUAAGUACUUCAUUGGUCAAAAAGUAGGUCUAUUCAGUAAGGAUGGCACAGGAACACAUAUAUAUAUCUGGAAUCUGGAUGAGUGGGGACCCAAUUAUAGCCUGCAAUGGGAGUCUGGAAUAACUGGUGGGAGCUCCUUCCAUCAGGGCGAUAUUCUCAUUCGUUCUAGACGGGUCAGAGCUCGUCCAGGCCAGAUGACUCAAAUGGUUCCUUUGGAUUAUUCACUUAGAUCUUAUUUGGAAGUGAUCUUUCUUGAUCCACGUAUAAAAAUAUAUGUCCAAGGAUCACAGGUCAAAAGUCGACCAUUAGCAAGAUCUCUGAACAAGACUGUUGUGGAAAAUGGUACUAUAAUGGGAAAAUCAGUUCAGCUUACGCUGGGUUGCAAUCAAUUGGAAUGGGAAGAAGCAAAUUGUGGAAUAUUUCUGUAUUGGCAUGGACGUCUAAUAGAGGCUUACAAGAGAGUUGGGAGUAUGAUGCAUAAUGGAGAUAGAGGUCGUGGUGUCAUUGGUGUUAUUGAUGUCACAAAUUUAAUGGCUGAAGAUAACGGUUAUGUUUGGGUGCACAACAAUAAACAAGGAUUCCAGGACUGUGAAGUGUAUGCUGAAUUGGAGAAGUGGCUGGGUGAAAAAUCAGACAAAUACUUGGAUGAACAUGUUGAUAAAGUUGAAUUGAAGGCGGGUAGUGGUGUAUACAAACCUGACAACGACUGGGUGCAGUGUGACAAAUGUAGAAAGUGGAGAAUGUUGAGCCAUGGCUUCAACAGCAAGACUUUACCACUUCAGUGGUUCUGUUACAUGAAACCUUUUAACGGGGAAUGCGAGAUACCAGAGCAGGAAGUUGAACCUGGAGUGAUAACGAUAUCCAGCAAGCGUGUGGGAUACAGUUCCACUGAAGAUCCUGAAGAGAUAAAGCGCAAGCUCUCCAGACAAGCUGUGGGGACAUCAAAAACAGACAUGGGUGAGAGCGUUUCACGUCAUACAAUGGAUGAUGAUCAAGCAAAAGACUCAUCUGCACAGAGACAUAAAAGGCUCCGAAGGAGUUGUAGGAAAAGUUAGUAUUAUUUUGAAACAUGUUGUUUCUUCUUGUGCAAGUAUCUUUACGUAUGUAUAUGUUGUCAAUAUGCAGCGGCUUUUUGUUAGUACAGUUAUAUGUUAGGAUAGGUCAUAGCGAAAUACGUUAUUUUGUUGUACACCUUAUAUCACAGAGAUGUGCUAUGACCGAGUACUUGUCUUGAGUUUUUAUUUUCAUCUCGUACAAGUAAAAUUUUGCCUAGAGAAACAUAGAUUUUCACUUAUUUGAUCAAAUCAAAUAUAUACGUAAUUACUAGUA